CAGAACUUCAUCAAACAGGAGGUAGAAGCUUUGGACUGUGGCUUGGAACGGAUAGAUUGGUGUGUGUUUCACAGGAAGCUAAGCAUAUAAUUGUAUCCUCUGAAAUUCUGAUAAUACGUUUAUCUCUUUGGACAAUACAAAAAUGAAUAUUCAGCCUUGUGCCAGAUGUCAAUAUGGGGUUUAUCCUGCAGAGAAGAUUAACUGUAUUGACCAGACAUGGCACAAAGCCUGCUUUCACUGCGAGGUCUGCAAGAUGGUGCUAACCGUAAAUAACUUUGUUAGCCAUGAGAAAAGGCCAUACUGUCAAGCACAUAAUCCUAAAAACAAUACAUUCACAAGCGUUUUUGAAACACCAAUAAACAUGAAUGUGAAAAAACAGUCUGAAGCGGUAAGCGAGAUUAAGUAUCGAGAAGAGGGUGAGAAGUUCAAAUCUGUUUUUCACUGGGACAUGAAAUCCAGACAUAUGGAAGAUGCACGGAAAGUACAACUAAACAGUCAGAAAGCCUAUCAUGAUACAUAUGAAGAAAGUAAAUCCUGGUUCCCAGACACCAUUGCAAAUUCGGAAAUGGUCGGAAUAGCCCAAGCACAGAACACACUUUGCGAUGUGAAGUAUCAAACUGAAGAGGAGCAGCAAAGGGGCAAAGGCAGUUUUCCUGCUCUGAUCACUCCUGCUUAUCAGAUCGCCAAGAAAGCUACUCAACUGUCCAGUAAUGUGGAAUAUAAACGAGGACAUGAAGAUCGUGUUUCCAAAUUCACCACUGUUGUAGAUACUCCAGAUAUACUCCAUGCAAAGUUUGGAGGACAGCUUAUAAGUGAUUCUAGAUAUACAGAAGACUACGAACAACAGCGAGGAAAAGGCAGUUUCCCUGCUAUGAUCACUCCAGCUUAUCAGAUUGCUAAACGGGCCAAUGAACUAGCCAGUGAUGUCAAGUAUCAUCAAAGGUAUGAAAAGGAGAUUAAGGGGAAAGCAAGUCACUCAGAUGGUGCCUCAAAAGAAAAUCUAGAUCAGUUUAGUCAGGAUUAUAUGGAUGAAUAUGAAGAGCCCAGAGGGAAAGGGAGCUUUCCUGCAAUGAUCACACCAGCAUAUCUAAAUGCAAAGAAGGCAAAUGAAUUGUCUAGUGACAUAAAAUACAAGAAAGACUUUUCGAAGAUGAAAGGAGCAGCACACUAUCAUUCUCUUUCAGCCCAAGAAAACCUGGUUCUUAAACAAGCCCAGGAUGUGAACAAGCUAUACAGUGAGGUGGAAUAUAAGAAGGAUCUGGAGAACAGCAAAGGCCACAGUAUUAACUAUUGUGAGACCCCUCAGUUCAGGAAUGUUAGCAAGAUCUCAAAAUACACCAGUGAUCUCAAAUACAAAGAACAUUACCAGAACCAGAAAGGUCAUUAUGAAGGAGUUGGCAUGGACCGACGGACACUACAUGCCAUGAAGGUUGGCAGCUUGGCAAGCAAUAUAGCCUAUAAAUCUGAUUACACACAUGACGAUGUUGGCUACAAUUACCCAGCUACACUCACUCCUUCAUAUCAAACAACAAGAAAGUUGGUCCCUUUGAAAGAUGUAAACUAUAAGCAAAGUAUAGACAAGCUGAAAUACAGUUCUGUUACCUGCACACCUCAGAUGAUGCAAGCAAAGAUCAAUGCACAGCAGUUUAGUGAUGUGAACUAUAAGCAAAGUAUAGACAAACUGAAAUACAGCUCUGUUACCUGCACACCUCAGUUGAUGCAAGCAAAGAUCAAUGCACAGCAGUUCAGUGAUCUGAACUACCGAGCCCAGUAUGAAAAAACCAAAACACAGUAUACUUUACCUCAGGAUGUACCACAGUUGGUCAAGGCCAAAGCCAAUGCCGAAUUAUACAGUGAGAUUAAAUACAAAGAAGGAUGGGAGAAAAGCAAAGGCCAUGGCUUUGAAAUGACGUUGGAUUCUAUGUCUUUGCUUGCUGCCAAGGCUUCAAGAAAUCUUGCCAGUGAUAUUGUAUAUAAAAAGGACUCUGAGAAGAAUAAAGCACAUUUUCACUUGCCAAUGGAUAUGAUACAUUUGAAACAUGCCAAGAAAGCCCAAGCCCUGGCUAGUGACCUUGACUAUAGGAAGAAAAUUCAUGAGUAUACGGUAGUUCCAGAAGACCUGAAGACUCAGUGGGCCAAAAAAGCCUAUGGCCUACAAAGUGAGCUUCAGUACAGGACAGACCUUAACUGGAUGAGAGGAGUUGGCUGGAUAGCAGAUGGAAGUCUCAAUGUUGAACAAGCCAAGAAAGCAGGGGAACUUGUUAGUGAGAAAAAGUACAGACAGAAGGCUGAUGCUCUAAAGUUCACAAGUGUGGCAGACAGUUCCCAUAUCAAACAUGCGAAGAAAAGCCAGGAACUGCAGAGUGAUGUUGCGUACAGAUCAGGAAAAGAGAAUUUUCUUCACAAUUACACCAUCAGCAAGGAUGAGCCACUUUUCAUACAGGCCAGAAUAAAUGCUGCAAAUAUUAGUGAGAAAAUCUACAAGAGUAGCUGGGAGAAGCAGAAGGAGAAAGGAUUUGAACUGCAUCUUGAUGCAAUACCGUUCCUGACAGCCAAAGCAAAGAGGGACUUGGCAAGUGAUAUAAAAUACAAGGAGAAUUAUGAGAAGACAAGAGGAAAGUUGAUUGGAGUGAAAGGUGUGAGCGAAGACUCACAAAUGGCUCACUUGCUCCAUGUUUCAAAGUUGCAGAGUGAUCUGGAGUAUAAAAGGGCAUCUGAGGACAUAAAGAAUCAAUAUCAUGUAUCUCUGGAUAUGAUCAAUCUUGUCCAUGCCAAGAAAGCUCAGGAUUUGGCCACUGACAGGGGAUACAAAACCAUCAUGCACCGUUACACUGCUUUGCCUACGGACAUGAAGACAGAAUGGGCCAAGUGGGCUUACGGCUUGCAGAGUGAUAACCGAUACAGAGCUGAUUUGAACUGGAUGAAAGGAGCUGGAUGGAUCGCCACUGGGUCAUUAAAUGUGAAGCAGGCUAAGAAAGCAGGAGAACUCAUUAGUGAGAAGAAGUACCGUCAGCAUCCAUACGCUUUGAAGUUUACCAGUAUUAAAGACACUCCUGAGAUGAUCCAGGCUAGAAUUAGUUAUAACCAGGCUGUGGAUAGGCUGUAUAAGGAGCAUGGAGAGAACAUAAAGCAUCAUUACACCCAAACAGCAGAACUUCCUGAGAUCUUUCAAGCUAAACAAAAUGCUCUGAAUAUCAGUGAGACCCGCUACAAGGAAUCUUGGAACAAGAUACGAGAUGGUGGUUAUAAACUGAAACUGGAUGCCAUUCCUUUCCAGAGUGCAAAGGCUUCCAAUGAGAUUAUAAGUGAUUACAAGUACAAAGAGGCGUUUGAGAAAGCCAAAGGGCAGAUGAUUGGCUCCCGUGGCUUGGAAGAUAUAAACAUUUCUCAUUCAGUGCAUGCUGCUUUGCUACAGAGUGAUGUGAAUUACAAGAAAGGUUUUGACCAUCAAAAGAGCCAGUUCCACCUUCCAUUAGACAUGGUGAAUUUAGUACAUGCAAGAAAAGCUCAGUCUUUAGUCAGCGAUCAGGAAUAUAGACAACUGCUUCAUGAUUACACUUCUCUGUCUGAAGAUGUUAGGCUGCAGUGUGCCAAGAAAGCUUAUAAUCUACAGAGUGAGAAUUUAUACAGGUCUGACUUGAACUUUAUGAGAGGAGUUGGCUGCAUUGUACCAGGGGCAUUAGAGAUUGAAGCAAAGAAGAAAGCUUCUGAACUCAUCAGUGAGAGUAAAUACCGUCAGCAGCCAGAUUCCUUCAAGUACACAUCGGUGACAGACUCUCCUGGCCUCCUUCAUGCAAAAUUCAGCAAUAUGAUUGCUAAUGAGCGCCUCUACAAGGAAGCAGGGGAGAACACUUUGCAUCACUACACAGUGACCUUAGGUCUUCCUGAAUUUGAAAGGGCAAAAAUGAAUGCCAUCAAUGUCAGUGAGGCAAAGUACAGGGAAUCUUGGCAUAAUCUACGUGCUCAAGGCUACAAGCUGACAAUGGAAGCAAUCCCCUUCCAGACAGCCAAGGCCUCAAGAGAAAUUGCCAGUGAUCUCCAGUACAAGCACAACUUUGUUCAGGAGAGAGGGAAGCAUAUUGGUGCCAGAAGCAUUCUGGAUGAUACCAAUCUGCUACACUGCUUGUAUGCCGCUAAACUACAGAGUGAGCAAGAGUACAAGAAAGGUUUCAGAGACGUUCGUUCACAGUACCACUUGCCUUUGGAUAUGGUAAAUUUAGUUCAUGCCCGAAAGGCCCAGAACCUAGUGAGUGACCAGGAUUACAGGAUGAGACUGCAUGACUAUACAGCACUUCCUGAAGACUUGAGGAUGAAGUGGGCAAAAAGAGCUCACCUGCUGCAGAGCGAGUUUCGCUACAAAUCAGACCUGAACGUCAUGAAGGGACUUGGAUGGAUGGCUCUCCGAUCCCCUCAGAUAGAAAAUGUAAAGAAGGCUGGAGAGCUCAUCAGUGAGACAAAGUAUCGUCAGAAGCCAGAUAGUCUGAAGUUUACCACAGUGGCAGACUCCUUGGACUUCAUCCAUGCUAAGAACAGCUACAUUCAAUGCAAUGAGCGUCUAUACCGAGCGGGACACUUGGACUCCAUUCACAGUUAUACUCUACCCCCUGACCACCCAGACUUCAUAAGAGCACGUCUCAAUGCACUCCAUAUCAGUGAUAAACUCUAUAAAACAUCUUGGGAGCAGACUCGAGCGGCUGGCUAUGAUUUCAGAUUGGAUGCCAUUCCCUUCCAGACAGCUAAAGCUUCCAGAGAAAUUGCCAGUGAUUUCAAGUACAAAGAGUCCUUCCUGAGGGAUAGGGGUCAACAGAUUGGACUUCGCAAUGUGAACGAGGAUCCCAAAAUGAGGCACUUCCUCAAGAUGGGCCACCUACAGAGUGACAACCAGUAUAAGAGGGAUUUCAUCAGAAACAAAGCUCAGUUCAAGAGCCGAAUAGAUCAGCCAGGAUUUAUCCAUGCAAAGAAAAGUCAGCAACUGAUAAGUGAUGUCAACUACAGGCAGCACCUCCAUCAGUAUACGUGUGACCCAGAACAGCUCAAUCUGAAGCAUGCCAAACAAGCCUACAGACUCCAGAGUGACGUCAAGUACAAAUCUGAUUUGAACUGGAUCAAAGGCAUUGGCUGGACCCCUCCAGGUUCUUACAAAGUAGAAAUGGCCAGAAGGGCUGCUGAGCUGGCAAAUGCUCAGGGAAAUCAAGGAACUUUGGAUCAGUAUGAUUCAGAAAAUGAACAGACAUCUGGAGAUGGAUCCCAACAAGUAAGAAUCAACCCCGAUGCAGCAGAAAUUCUGCAAGUCAAGCGGAGAAAAAUGCAGCCAAUCAGGAAAUAAACUGAAGCAUGGACAUCAGUUAUGCAAAAAUAAAUAUGUUUUUCAGCUUGCUGUACAAGCCAUGUAGUAUAGCGGAUGACACCAAGAAGUCAUUUUGCUUCUUAAAAGGGGUUAAAACUAACCCCUCACAAGAAGUCAGUGUUGAUAUGAAUAUUUGUGCAUGAAUACUGUGAUUUUAAAUGUUUGUAUUAUGGAACUUAGUAUUUAUUUAUGAUGCCAAGUGAAAUUAGUACUAGAUGACUGGCAGGCUCAGCUUUGUACUAAAAAUGAAUGAACCAUGAUUUGCUGAAAGUAAAAGUAUUUGUACUGAAAAUAAAUCAGCAGAAUCAUUUUCCAUAAA